AUGAGCGCCGAAGAAUCUCGGAACACAACACCGGUCACCGCACCAAAUGGCGAACCUCACCCGGAAUCCAGUAUGACCGCGACCCCGGGGAAAAGGAAGCGAUCUGUGCAGGAAGAGAGAGCGGGUUCCGACACCAAUACUUCUGCGUCGCAUGACAAGACAAACCUGCACGAGAAUCUUCGCAAUCUUGUCGAACUUCUCUCGAAACACGACGCCGAGCUCCAGCUCCUUUCCUGCCCAUUACCAGUAUCAACAAACAAGCCGCGGGCGAAGCGCGCAAAGGUUUCCAACGAUCAGGAGACAUCCACUGUACGAACCCGCGUUGAUUCGGGACGAUAUAACACCUUGCAAGAAUUCCUAGCCGAUAUUGAAAGAGCCUCUGCUGCUGCGAUCGAACGCAACCAGAACCAAUCAAACGGUACCAAAGUUGAUGGCACGCCCUUGACAGAAGUUGUGAAUCGCAUUGCGGCUUUUAAGAAACAUAUGAAUAGCCUUGUCGGCCAAUCAUUUGUCAACCAACCCAAUGUCAAGUCCGAAUCCCCAGAUGAUGAGGAAGAUCAAGUCUUAGCCACAGUCGCUCAUGUCAGCGCGCGUGAGGAUAAGCAGGCGCUGACAAUCUUUGGAAAUGCUUCGAACCCAGCGAACCCUAAACAACUAUUUUCAAGCUUGCAGAAAUCCAUCAAAGUGCCCCUACAAUCUUCCAAUGCGGAUAUGGAGAGCGUUGUUGAAGUGCAACAAGAACUUCGUGAAGGUGCUCUCCCGAACGGUAUUUCUGCCACAAAAGUCGUCCCUUAUAAUCUCAGUGCUGCUCCACAACAAUCAAAGAGAACGUUUGGUGAGGUCUUCGCUCCGCGCGCUGGCCUCCCCCAAUUAGAACGCCCACGGAGACGAAGCAAUCGAAGCACUUCGAUUACCUGGAUGGACCCCUUUGACGCCGCGUUCGACUCCCGAGCUUUUUACGAUGACCGCAACAGCUCUGCUUUGACGCCUCUUCCCGCAGGGCAAUGGCUACAGUACGGCGGAGUCACGUCUUCGCCAGCUUUCUGGGCUCGCGUCGAAAAAUAUCAUGCCAGUGCAGAUUCUAGCUCAAAGCACAGUGAUCCCGCACUGUGGACCGGCGAUGAUUCAUCUCUCCUGCAAGGUGUCUACUCAUCUUUUGCCCCCUCUUACGAUAGUUCCGGAGCCACCCUCCAAAAUGAUGUAAAAGACAUGAUCUGGUGGGAGAAGCGAGGCGCCAAGCGCUUAAGUACCUUGCUCUCCCUUCCCAAUACAGAGGAAGAAAUCACAAGUGCACAGCCAGGAAGCAUAGGCGACCUUGAUGAAAGCACACUAGACGAGAUGGUCAAGUCCUUCAAUCCGGAAGACACCAGCUAUGACAUUACAGGCGAGAACGAGAAAUCCCAAGUGGAUCCCGAAUCAAGGGAGGUUGAAGAGCUUCUCGUCGAAAUUUCAGAUCUACUGGAUACUCUGAGCUCUUACCAGAAAAUUCGUCACUUGACCUUCCCAUCUGCUGAUGGCGAUCUUCCAGAGACCAGGGACACUCCAAUCCCUGAUUUUGACGAAGUUGAUGCACCAUCUGAUGCAGAGAAGGUCAUUUAUGACACACUGAAGACGAGUCUUCUUGCUAUAAUAGGCAACUUGCCGCCAUAUGCCGUGGCAAAACUGGACGGUGAUCAAUUGGCGGAAUUGAACAUUAGUCAAAAGAUUUUGAUCGAAACCCCCGAUUACACUGGUACCAUGGAAAAGGACGAUUACACAUUACAACAGGAGCGCGCUGCCGCCAUGGCCAUGGCGGCAGCACCGCCCAAUACUGCGAAUCGGAACUCAACACCCUCCUCAGUGCCACGGCCGAGCGGCUACCAAGGGCCUCAUUCUGGCAUUAAUCAGCGUGCCGUUACUGCCAAUGCUCAAAUCCCCCAACGGCCAAACUUCCAAGUACCUCAGCACGGUCGGCAGCCCUCCGGGGCAGGUACGUUUACCCCCGGAUAUAAUGGAGCACGUCCACCCAGCACGCCAUCCCAACGCCCUGGAUAUACGCCACAGCAAUAUGCACAAGGGGCUCAGCAAUUUAGUCAAGCAAACAAUGUGCCACAGUUCCAACGUCCCGCGUCUAACGGCUACACACAAUCUCCCCAGCCAUAUACACCGCGGCCAGGGCAACCAGCCGGCUACAAUGCAACACCCCAAGGCCGCACUCCCUAUGCGAACGCUGGCCCUGUUCAGCGUCAGCCAUACGCGUCACAUGGAACCCCAUCCCAAGGCCCGUACCCCAACAGUGCCGCCGCUGCCAUCCACGCUCGCAGUGCGGCUGAGCAAGCCGCAAAGGCACAAAUCGCGGUACAACAGAGUCGACAAAGUCCCUCUACGCCGCAGCCAGGGGGCUAUGAGGCUCGUCGGUCUCAAGAGGGUAGCCUCACUCCUGGAAGCAAGCAGAAUGGCACCCCUGUCCAAUAA